AGAGCGGCGCGCGGGUGACGUCACGGGGGCGUGGCCUGGUGGGCGCGCGCGCGGGAAGGGAGGAUGCUGAGCCGCCUGCAGGAGCUGCGCAGGGAGGAGGAGGCGCUGCUGCGCGCCAGGGCGGCGCUGCGGGAGCAGCUCACGCGCCUCAGGGUGGAGGAGUUGGCGCUGCAGGCCAUGAUGCGCAGCGGCGAGCAGAGCGCGCCCGGCGCCGCGGCGCGGCCCGAGGACAGGCUUGAGACUCUAGGGCAGAUGGACAACGAGGCUGCUAUCAAUCAAACUGAACUACACCUAAGUCUCCAAAAUCAGGAAGAUGAGGAGGAGGAAGAAGAGGAGGAAUCAGACUCUUGAGAGAAAAAAAUCAAGAGAUGCUUUUUCAUAUGGACUCAGGAAUUUCUUCUUCAUUCAUAUAGAAUUCACCAACUGGUUUUCAUUUUGCCCUGUACAUGGCAAUGAACUUAGGAUACCCAACACUUCUGGGGUCUAGGGAAGUUACACCCCAACACACCAAGGUCACAAGCUCUGCAGGGCUUGGCUUAGCCGUGAAAAGAAAUAAUGUAGCAUAAUCCCUUCCGCAUUUAAAACCUCAUGUGUAGCUUACUGCAUCUUUGAAUGGGGAUGGGAGAAGUCAGUAAUUAAGUCAGACUGCUUUAACACAUCCACUAAGAGCAAUAAUUCAUCUGUUCUUAUUUCUUGAUGCUGAAAAACAAAGCCAGGCUCUGGCCAGUUGCGGAACCAAUGGUUAUAUUAGAACCUCUCCUGCAUCAAUGGAAUUUUAAGGUACGUAGUGAGAAAAGAUGCGUUCAGGGUUGUCUCUGGGCUUUCACUGCCCAUGUUCUCAGUUACACAGAAAUCUGGACUUGUGCGCUCUGUAAAUGUGAGGGAGAUGCAGGGCCCGCACCGCAGUGAGCGCGGUGCUGCCGUGGCCUCUUCUUGUACCUGCUGGUGCUCUUCCCACGUACUGUCAGUCUGACUGAACACUGAAGUGUUUUCCACUUCUUGCUCUUUCAGAGUAGCAGCCUGUGAGCCUUUUAUUUGUCCACAAAUUAUACGUUAAGAAUUGGUCUGUGCUACCUAUAAUAAGGAACUAAUAUUUAUAUAUUGGUGUUAUUUCCUUUUUCCCCACACAGUAACUUCAUAAAUU